CCUGUCUGUCUGCCUGUCUGCCCGCCCCCGACCUUUGUCUUCACAUCAUCACCUCCUCCACUGCCGCCGCCACAUCCAUCAUCAUCAUCAUCAUCAUCCUCCUCCACCAGACCCGGCACGCCCGUCGUCUCGCCCGGGCAAACUGAUAUCCAGCGACAAUUGCCGUCUGGCCUGCAACGUCUCCCAGAGGCAAUGCGCUGGACACGCCCCAUGGCUGCAGCAGCGCCAGCUCGGGCCUAUCCGAUUUGCUGA